CCCUCGCCACUUUUUCCCCGUGUUUUUCCUAGUUAGUCUUUCUUUCCAUCUGAUAACUUUAAGCUGGAACCAUUACUGAACCACGUUUUUGUUAGCAGGAGCGGUAGUACCGGUACCGAACCUAGCACGAGGAUUAGCAGGAAAACGAGCAGUAGCAAUACAUACCCCGCUACCGCCAUUUUCAGGGUCUUUUACCCCGCCAUCUCCAAGCCCACUACACCCUCCAAAAAGGCUAUUUCAUCACCAAGCAGCGGCCAUGACGAGACUUAACCUUGGGAACAUUAACCCGCACAUCGUCGAGGCCAAGUACGCUGUUCGCGGUGAACUCGCCGUCAAGUCCGAGGAAUACCGCGCUAGGCUUCGGAAAGGAGAUAAAACUCUACCGUUUGACGAGGUCAUUAGCGCCAACAUUGGCAACCCGCAGCAGCUCGACCAGAAGCCCAUCACCUACUUCCGCCAGGUUUUGAGCUUACUCGAGAACCCGAAGCUAUUGGAGCACAAGGAUAUCCUCCUCAACUCCCUAGAUUACAAGACCGAUGUGAUAGAGCGAGCAGAAUGGCUCUUGGACCACGCAGGCAGCGUUGGAGCAUACAGCGCCAGCGCGGGUGUUCCCGUCAUCAAAGAGAGUAUUGCUAAAUUCCUCGAGAAACGAGAUGGUUUCCCUGCUGAUCCAGCACAUAUCUACCUGUCAGCCGGUGCCUCUUCCGGCGUCAACACCCUUUUGCACAUAAUCUGCGCCUCUCCCAGCACCGGUGUGCUCGUCCCCAUUCCCCAAUACCCACUCUAUACCGCUUCGCUCUCCGUCCUAAAUUCCACAUGCGUACCUUACUAUCUCGACGAAGCGGCUCAAUGGGGCACGUCAGUCGCCACGAUUAAGGAGGCGUACAACAAAGCCAAGGGUGAUGGCAUUGACGUCCGCGCCAUCGUUAUCAUUAACCCUGGAAACCCUACAGGUGCCUCGCUUUCGGAGGACGACGUCCGACAUGUCCUCGAGUUUGCUGCUGCGGAGCGACUCGUAGUCAUGGCCGACGAGGUCUACCAGACUAAUGUCUUCAUCGGCAAGUUCCACAGCUUCCGGCAGACCCUUCUCACUCUACAAAAAGAGCACCCGGGCAAGUACGAUAACGUCGAGCUUGCGUCCUUACACUCCAUUUCCAAAGGCAUGGUCGGCGAGUGCGGACACCGUGGCGGUUACUUCGACCUCAUUGGCUUCAAGCCUGAGGUUGAGGAGCAGAUCUACAAGUUCGUCUCCAUCACGCUGUGCGCACCCGUCAUUGGCCAAUGCCUUGUCGAGCUUAUGGUCAACCCACCUAAGCCCGGCGAGCCGUCCUACGAGCUUUACGACAAGGAAUACAACAAUAUCUACAACAGCCUCAAGACACGUGCCUAUGCGCUCUACGAAGCCUUCAAGGAGAUGGAGGGCGUUGAGUGCGGCGAGCCUCAGGGCAGCAUGUACCUCUUCCCCACCAUCCGUGUCCCCCCUAAGGCCGUCGAGGCCGCCGAGAAGGAAAACCGCACCCCCGACGAGUUCUACUGCAUGCGUCUGCUCGAGGCUACUGGCGUGUGCGUCGUCCCGGGAAGCGGCUUCGGUCAGGCCGAGGGAACUCUUCACCUUCGAACUACGUUCCUGGCCCCUGGCACGGAAUGGGUUGGCAGCAUUAAGAAGUUCCAUAAGGAGUUUAUGGAGACCUAUCGUUAGAGAUCAUAUAUAUCCACAGAAGAAAAAUAGACUCUGCGUGUCGUGUGGACGAGGGAUAUUCGGGUUAGGGCUAAGGAGUGAGGGCUGGCUACCGGGUUAGACUUCGGAUGAUGGCUGGGUUCGAGAUAGACCUUAGACGGCUGUCUUGAAAGAAAUGAAACGAAUUGAGCAAAAACCCUGUAUGCCCUAGAUACGUCCUUACAAGAAUAAGGUUGGUUUUGCACAUUCGGAAUUUCGUAGCGAUUGCUUUUCGUAAAGGGACUUCAUCUUCAUACGAUGGAAUAGAAA